AGGGCCGUGUUGUGCCGCAGAAUACACGACAACUCUCGGUCUCACGGGGCUUCUGUUUUCUGCCUGACGACGCCGGUCUUCGUAAUUCAGGCAAAAUGAAGAGUUCAGAAGUUAGAGACACAUUCUACAACUUCUUCAAAGAGAAGCACCAGCAUACCUAUGUUCAUAGCUCUCCCACCAUUCCUCAUGAUGAUCCAACUCUUCUUUUUGCCAAUGCCGGCAUGAAUCAGUUCAAGCCUAUCUUCCUGGGUACUGUAGACCCCAGCAGUGACAUGGCAAAUUACGUCCGAGCUGUGAACUCACAGAAAUGCAUUCGCGCUGGUGGAAAGCACAAUGACCUGGAUGAUGUAGGCAAGGAUGUGUACCAUCACACUUUCUUUGAGAUGUUGGGCAACUGGUCCUUUGGUGACUACUUCAAGAAAGAGGUGUGUGCUUGGGCAUGGGAUCUCCUAGUUAAUGUGUACAAGCUCCCCAAGGAACGCCUUUAUGUGACCUACUUCGGCGGUUUCCCAGAGCAGGGUCUGGAGCCUGACCUCGAGUGCAAGCAGAUAUGGAUGGAUUUGGGAGUCCCUGAAGACCGUGUGUUACCAGGAGACAUGAAGGACAACUUCUGGGAGAUGGGUGACACAGGACCAUGUGGACCAUGCUCUGAAAUUCACUUUGACCGAAUUGGCGGUCGGCAUGUAGCCCAUCUUGUCAACAUGGAUGAUCCAGAUGUCUUGGAAAUCUGGAACCUUGUGUUCAUUCAAUUCAACAGAGAGUCUGAUGGCACCCUGAAGAAUCUACCUAAGAAGCACAUUGACUGCGGCAUGGGGUUGGAGCGGCUUACAUCUAUUCUGCAGAAUAAGAGGUCUAAUUACGACACAGAUCUCUUUUUACCCAUCUUUGGAACUAUCCAAAAGUUAACUGGUGUUAGGCCUUACUCAGGGAAAGUCGGUAAAGAUGAUGUUGAUGGUGUUGACAUGGCAUACAGGGUACUGGCUGAUCAUAUUAGAACUUUAACAAUUGCUCUAUCUGAUGGAGGCAUGCCAGACAAUGCUGGAAGAGGGUAUGUCCUGCGUAGGAUUCUCAGGCGUGGCAUUCGGUAUGCCACUGAAGUGCUGAACAUGAAACCAGGCAUGUUUGCAUCACUUGUGGAUGUAGUUGUGCAAAUUUUGAAGGAUGCUUUCCCAGAAGUUGCAAAGGAUCCUGAAUUUGUAAAAGAUGUCAUAAAUGAGGAAGAACUUCAGUUCUUGAAAACCCUGGAUCGUGGUCAUAAACUACUGAAACGCACAAUUGACAAGCUUGGAGGCAGCACAAUUGUUCCUGGUGAUGUGGCUUGGAGGCUGUAUGACACAUAUGGUUUUCCUGUUGAUCUGACACAGCUCAUGGCAGAGGAAAAGGGCCUUGCCGUUGACAUGGAAAAAUUUGAAGUUAGCAAGAAGGAGGCUCAGGAAAAAUCCAGAGGAGAAAAUAAGGACAAAGAUAAUUCCUUUAGACUAGAUGUCCAUGCUAUUGAAGAUCUUAAAGACAGGAAAGUGCCUUUUACUGAUGAUUCUUUCAAGUAUAUCUACACUGCAGGUGAAGCAGUAGAUUCUCCUUACAAAUUUGAAGGCACUAAUAGUAAAGUGGUUGCCAUCAGAUACAAUAACCAGUUUGUUGAUGAAGUUAAGUCUGGAUAUCGCUGUGGCAUAGUUCUUGACAAAACCAAUUUCUAUGCAGAGAGUGGAGGCCAGAUCUAUGAUGAGGGUUUCAUGGUGAAAAUAGGGGAUGAAGAGACCGAGUUCAAGGUGGAGUCAGUUGAAGUUAAAGGUGGAUUUGUAUGCCAUAUUGGUGUGGUGGAAGGUACAAUCAAGCUGGGAGAUGAAAUGAACUUGAGUAUUGAUUGGGAGCGUAGAAGACAUCUGAUGAACAACCAUACUGGCACCCAUAUCCUGAACUUUGCCUUACGCCAAGUCCUGUCAUCAGACGCUGAUCAGAGGGGUUCUUUGGUGGCUCCAGACAGACUUCGGUUUGAUUUCACCAACAAGGGAGCCAUGACCGUUGAUCAAGUGAAGAAAGCUGAAGAAAUCUGCAGGCAGAUGGUGAAGGAGAACAAACCAGUAUAUGCUAAAACAGCCUCACUCUAUGUGGCUAAGAGCAUCCAGGGUCUUCGUGCAGUGUUUGGUGAAGUUUACCCUGAUCCCGUCAGAGUGGUUUCCAUUGGUAUUCCUGUGGAGACCCUAGAAGCUGACCCACAGAGUCCUGCUGGAAGUGUCACAAGCAUUGAAUUCUGUGGUGGUACUCAUCUCCUUCGUGCAGGCCAUGCUGGAGACUUUGUUAUUGUUAGUGAAGAAGCCAUUGCCAAGGGUAUCAGACGUAUUGUUGCUUUCACUGGCCCAGAAGCUGUCAAGGCACUUAACAAAGCUUCACAUCUGGAGAAUGAGGUGAAUAAACUGAAGAAGAAAAUUGCAGAAAACAAUAUGCCAUUCAAGGAAGUUGUACGUCUCCUUACAGAAAUGUUGAAUGAUAUCAACCAUGCCCAAAUUCAGCAUUGGCGCAAAGAAGAGCUGCGCAAAGCUGUAGAAGCAGUCAAGAAGGUCCAAGGUGAUGCUGACCGUGCCAGGAAAACAGCUAUCUCAAAGGAGGCAAUUCAGAUCACGAAAAAUGUACUUGCAGCUAACCCCAACAUCCCAUACCUUGUGACUGAGCUAAAAGCAUUUGCCCAGAAUAAGGUCCUCAAUGAUGCCCUGAAAGAAGCAAAGAAUGGACCUCCAGCUUUGUUUGUUAGCACAGAUGAGGAUACUGGCAAAAUUCUGGCUAUGGCUUCAGUGCCAAAAGACGUUGUGGCCAAAGGAUUGAAAGCUGAUGAGUGGGUGAAAAAUUUGGCUGAAUUAGUAAAUGGCCGAGGUGGAGGCAAACCUGAAUCGGCCCAGCUGAGUGGAAGCAAUGUUAAGGCUCUCCAGGAGGCAAUUGCUGCAUCAGAGAAAUUUGCUCAAGAGAAAUUAGGCUGUGGCCCAGUUGUAUUGUCUCCACCUGCAGCUGUUGCCUCUACACCAGCUGCCCAACCACAGGUAUCAAAAAGUAAGCAAGAGAAGCCAGGAAAACAGCAGAGCACUCAAAAGCAAGAUAGUAAGGUUCCAAAGAAUGGCAUUGUACUGCACACACAUCCAAACAGUGUCCGUGCUUUCCCAGCCCUCAUAGCUGCCAAAUACUCUGGAAAGAAUGUAACCAUUUCUCAUACCAGUACACCUAGUGACCCAGAAUAUGUCUCAAAGUUUGGGUCAUCCACCUUGCCUGGCCUAGAAACCCCCGAUGGUGCACUGAGAGGUAGUGUAGGAGUGGCCUGGUACCUUGCUAGUCCUGAGCUUAGAGGCAGCGGCACAAUGCAUGAAGCACAAAUUCUGAGUUGGAUGCUAGCUGCUGAUAAUAGCCUUCUCCAUGUUGUAAGCUCAGGGUUGAUAGGUUCAGGAAAAGACAAGAAGAAAGAUGAUGGAGCAUUGAAAGCAGCUAUGAAGGAGCUGGGGAAAAUGAAUACAUACCUCCGAGACCACACUUUCCUGGUCGGAGAGCGACUCUCCCUUGCUGAUGUGUCUGUAUUUGCAUCCCUGAUCCCAGCCUUCCAGCACGGCCUUGACAAAGCAGCACGUGAGAGACUACCUUGCUUGACACGCUGGUUCAACACUGUGCUUCACCAGCCGAAAGUUGUUGAAAUUGUGGGGAAAAUAACAUUGAAAUAAGUGUGGGGUGUUAGGAACUUUUCAUGGGGUGUUUUGGGCUAAACCUUGUUGCUGGUUAAUGACUUUUAAAAUGGUAGAAACAAAGACAGGGAAGUUUUACCAUCGUUGUUGAUAAAUUGUACCUAUUAAUAUUAUCUGUUGGAAAUUAUAAACAUUUGUAUUAGAUAUCCUUGUUAUUUAUUAAUAAAACUUUAAAAUUGGAUAUAUGAUAUAAUUUCUGUGAUAUUUUACAAAAUAUUAGUG